AUGCUCGGGACAGUGGUGCUGGACGUGGCAGGCGUGGUGAAGGAGCUGGUGGAGAGCAGUCUCGCUGCCAGUGGGGUACCUGCUUCUUCCCAUCACCCAGCUGCCCCUUUCCUCCUCCUUCCCCACCGCCUCCCUCCCAUCCACCUCGCGCAGGUGGUGUUGGAUGUGGCAGGCCCGGUGAAGGAGCUGGUGGAGAACAGCCUGGACGCGCCCAUGUUGGAAGUGGCAGAGGCGGUGAAGGAGCUGGUGGAGAACAACCUGGACGCGGGGGCAACGAGCGUGGAGGUGCGCCUCAAGGACUUUGGCGUAGAGCUGAUUGAGGUGGCCGACAACGGCUGUUGGGUCGCCCCUCCCAACUGGCAGCUGGCAGGUGGGGGGGGCUUGGAGAGUAAGGGCGAUGUGGGUGAGAGUCUGAAAGGCACUAGCCCUAAGUACCACACAUCAAAGAUCGCUCAUUUCUCCGACCUCCAAUCGCUCUCCUCCGUCGGCUUCCGAGGGGAAGACCUCUCCUCCUUCUGCGCCCUCGCUGACGUCGCCAUCACCACACGCACCGCCAAUGAGCCAAUUGCAACGCACUUGGCGUUUCAAGAAAGCUCCUAG